UCUCUCUCUCAGAGUUGCAUAUGAAAAGACAUUUAAAGACUUUUUAAUUCAAUUGAUGCCGUGAUUGAGAAGUCUCUCUCUCUCUCUCUCCCUCCGAGAGAGAAUCAUCGUCGUGUGGUGUAUGAUGGCAGGUCGUAGAGAUGGAUCUCUGAUGAGAGAGAAGAGCAGUAGUAGAUCUCCAAUCGUCGUCGCAAUUGCCAUUGGAAUUCUCCUCGGCUGCGUCUGCGCCUUCUUCUUCCCUCAUGGAUUCUUCUCUCCCGAUCCCUCUUUCCCCAAUCGCCGACUCUCCAAUUCUCAGAUUGGUUCAUCCUCAUGUGAAUCGGAGGAAAAGAUUAACAUGCUGAAGUCAAAUAUCAUGGGGUUCACAGAAAAGAAUGCGGAGUUGAAGAAGCAGGUUACAGAGCUAGCUGAGAAGUUACGCCUGGCUGAACAGGAAAAAGAUCAAGCCCAGAAGCAGUUCAUGGCGCUGGGUAAACAGCACAAAGCCGGGCCUUUUGGUACAGUUAAGGGUUUGAGAACUAAUCCAACUGUCCUUCCUGAUGAAUCCGUGAACCCAAGAUUGGCAAAAAUUUUGGAGGAAGUUGCUGUGCGUAAAGAGCUUAUAGUUGCACUUGCCAAUUCGAACGUGCAAUUGAUGUUGGAGGUCUGGUUCACUAGUAUCAAGAAAGUAGGCAUACCAAAUUAUCUAGUUGUGGCAUUGGAUGACAGGAUUGCAGAUUUCUGCAAAUCAAAUGAUGUUCCAGUCUACAAGAGAGAUCCAGAUGAGGGUAUUGAUACAGUCGCAAGGACAGGAACUAACCAUGCCGUGUCAGGUUUAAAGUUUCGCAUCUUGAGAGAGUUUUUACAGCUGGGUUAUAGUGUUCUUCUCUCUGAUGUUGACAUAGUGUACUUGCAGAAUCCAUUUGACUAUCUAUAUCGGGAUUCAGAUGUGGAGUCCAUGACCGAUGGCCACAAUAAUAUGACAGCUUAUGGAUAUAAUGAUGUAUUUGAUGAACCUUCCAUGGGUUGGGCUCGAUAUGCUCACACAAUGAGGAUAUGGGUUUAUAAUUCGGGUUUCUUCUAUAUAAGGCCUACAAUCCCUGCAAUUGAGCUUUUGGAUCGUGUGGCUGAUCGCCUUUCUCGACAGCCAAACUCUUGGGACCAGGCAGUUUUCAAUGAAGAGCUCUAUUUCCCUUCACAUCCUGGGUAUAUUGGGCUUCAUGCUGCCAAGAGAACUAUGGAUUUCCAUCUAUUUAUGAAUAGUAAGGUUCUCUUCAAGACUAUAAGGAAAGACGAUAAUCUUAAAAAGCUCAAGCCAGUAAUUAUUCAUAUAAAUUAUCACCCGGAUAAACUUCCAAGAAUGAAAGCUGUUGUUGAGUACUAUGUCAAUGGCAAGAACGAUGCAUUGGAACGCUUCCCUGAUGGUUCUGAUUGGUAGAAAUAGAACUGUAGGAGAUAUUUGAUCCACAGGAUGCACUUGGUGGUUUUCUUCUUGCUUACACAUUUCACUGGAUACAGGUGAUCAAAAACUGAUUACACCACAUGAGAGCAAUUGUGUAAUAUCUAUCAUUGUUUCCUUUUCGUUGUUUUUGUCUUUCAAAUUUUGUGUUCUUUUCGUUUUUAACUUCCUCUUGAAUACAUUCAUACUGGUAAACAAACGUGCUAUGUUUUGUAUACAAUUGCAACCAACAAUUUGGUCUUUGUUUGGCAGUCAAAUAUUUGCUUUA